UCAUUGUGUGAAAAGGUUGAGGCGUAAAAAUAAAUACCAUCGUUGGACAUUCCCGUUGCCGGGCCGGUUGGCAUUGUGUAGAAGCUGUACAGUACUUUUCAAUUAAAGGAAAUAAUCAACCGACGCUGAACCAAUCAUUUUCCGUAGCCAUGGCAACGAAACUCAUCUCAUCUACUCUCGUCCUUCUCUGCCUCGCUGCCACGUUACAUCACGCUGCUGGAUGCUCGUGUGUCAAAAAUCCAGAAUUCUGCGAUUCAGACUUUGCCAUCAGAGGAACCAUUUUGGAUGUCCAGGGCAACUACACCGCCCAAGAGGAUCUGAUUUACAGUGUCAUGGUCGACGAAGUCUACAGAAACUCUUCAGAGGGCAUCUUGGUCACCGAGUCUCUGGAGAUCGAGACUGGCGGCCACACCUGUGGGGUUGGUCUCCUGGAUAUAGGCACCAACUACCUGAUUUCAGGAUUAUAUAACGACAAUUCCGAUAAGUACUCGAUGGACAGUUGUAAUUCUGUCAUCAUUGUUUACAACGAUGCGGACGACGUCAGUGACUUGGAUCUCCCGUGUUCGGCAUCAUUGACCACCAUAACUUUGUACAUUCUCGUCAUCGGUGUCCUUCUCCACUUCAUCCUUCAGUGAUUGGUGAUCGGAAGGCAGGGAGUAGCGGUGUGUGACUUUUAUCUUUAAAAAUUUAAGAAAAAAAUAAAAUUAUUUGGUUGUUGGGUAUAUCCAGAGGAGGUGUCGGACAGGGAUUAUGAUAAUGUAAGAAAAAUGAAAAGAGUAUAAGUGGAAAGCAGAAAAGGACGAGAACAAAGAGAGAGAAAGGGGUGGAGAGGGAGGAAUGAUGGGAGAGGGAGGGAGGAAUGAUAAAGAGAGAGAUGUGUUAUGGGACUACAUACCCCUUUUGAGAAAGACAAUUCAACCUUUAGGUCAUAUCUUGCCCACGG